UCGGGAAGAGAAGACGUCUGCUGCGGCAGUGGACGGUCUACAACCGAGGAGAUGUCCAAGGAGCAGCUGUGGGAGCACGCACUUUGCCUCAUAGAGGAGCGGGACAGGUUGCGGGAGGAAAAGAUCUACUUCCGGCAGGAGAGGGACAAGGCCAUAGCUUCCUGGGAAAUCUCCAAGAGGAAGCUGGCCGAGGAGGAUGCAAAGCUGAGGAACAAACAGAGGGCAAGGGAGGAAGCACAGGAGCGCCACCGAGUGGAGAUCGCUGAGUAUAAGCAGAAGCUGAAGCACAUGCUGUCAGAACACCACGACACCGCCUCCGGGCUAAAGAUGGAUGGCGUCGCCUCAACCUCACUGAUCCAGAACAAACACACAGAGUCAGAGAUCGCGCUUCAGGAGGAACUACAUGACCUGGAGAAAGACUCCAUGGAAAAGAAGCUCCUAAAUCAAAAACGCAUCGAGCAGCUCAAGCAGAAACACCAGCUGGAUCUAAUGGAAAUGGAAAACCACUAUAAAAAGAAAGUUAGAGAAAUGGAGGUGGAAUACCACGAGAAAUGGCAGUCCAUGUGCGAAGAAGCGGCCAAAAAGCGGAGAGCUGAGAUCAAAGAGUUGGACGACAAAAUGAAAAGUCGCGUCAAAGAUUUGUUGGAAGAGCAUGACGAGUCUCUGAGGAAGGCCAAGAAUCACUACUAUAAAAUUCAGGAUAAGCACGGUCAUAUGAAGGAUUACCUUCUCGAAAUUGAGAAGCAGAAAAAGUUGAACGCGGACGUUGCAGCAGUUAAGGAAGACAUUAAACGUCUACGUGAAGAAGUGCAGAAAGAGGAACAGAAGAAGACUGAGAUCCAAAACCAGCUGAGAGAGAUGAAGCGGGCCAGGGGCCAGGCAGCGAUGAAAAGGACUCCAGCAAAGGUCAUUGAAAAGGAAAGGAGAGAACUGUUGGUGAAGCACGAGCUGCUGCUGCAAGCUUGUGAAAAGAUCGAGCAGGAGCGUGAUGACAAGUUGAAGAAGCAGAGGAAGGCCAUGCUGGAAAUACAGCAGAAGAAUGGACUAAAGGAACUGCUGCUGGAGAAAAAGAUAGAAGCACAGACAGUAAUCCUGCAGAAGACCCAGGCGGAGCUCUACGCUGUGCUUGCGGCCCAAGGCGACAGCAGCGCUGCAGCCAAACUCGAGGAACUAAUGGAGUCCCUACAAGGCGAGAUGAGGGCCGCAGACAAUGAACUGGAUCAAGAAUGUAAGAAGUAUGACUACGUGCUGACGAUGGUUAAGGAGAAGCUGAAGGCUCUGGGUGUCCCUCUGUUUGACUUCCCAUUCAAGACCUCAGCGCAGAUCCUGCGUGAACUGCCUCCUUUAAAGAACUCUGCCGCGUCACACUGAACUCCACCAGCUGUGAGAUUACACUCACCCGCACCACCUGGACACUUGACUUCAUUCACUGCACAUGUCCUAAACGCUUCUAAACAAGUAUAAAUGUACUUUCUGAGAGGUUUGGUCCUUUUCAAUGAAACUACUGGUGGUGAUAUUGAUGUUCUUAAACAAUAAUAAAUAUUUUUG